CCUCGUAAAAAAUAUGUUUUCUUGUAGUGUAAGAUGUUUCUAUAUUAUUUUUAAUUUACUGCCCGCCCGUAGGGCGGGUUUACCCUAGUAUUUUAUAUAAUCUCUCAUUUGGUCAAAGAUUGUUUCUUUCAUGUGUGUUAUGAUUUUUGCGAAUAUUUUUCUUCCCAACUAUCUAAUGGGCCAGAUUGGCUUUUCCUUUUCUAAAUGAAUGUUUCAAAAAAAAAUUCAUGCUUUUUCUAUUUGUGAUUUUUACUGCAGUAUGUUUGGAUGGUAGUCCACCAGCUUAUCAUAUAGACAGAGGUUCGGGAACUGGAAUCAAUAGCUGGUUGAUACAGCUUGAGGGAGGAGGAUGGUGUCAUAAUGUAACAAACUGCAUUAGUCGGAUGCAUACUAAAUUAGGUUCAUCGAAGAAAAUGGUGGAGAAUCUUGCUUUCUCAGCUAUUCUUAGCAACAAGGAACAACGUAAUCCUGAUUUUUACAAUUGGAACAGAGUGAAAGUUAGAUAUUGUGAUGGUUCAUCAUUCACAGGAGAUGUGAAAACAGUGAACCCUGCUACUAAUCUUCACUUCAGAGGUGCUCGAGUUUGGCUAGCCGUUAUGCAGGAGCUGCUAGCUAAAGGCAUGAGAAACGCCGAGAAUGCUGUUUUGUCUGGGUGUUCUGCUGGUGGGUUAGCUUCACUGAUGCAUUGUGACAGUUUCCGAGCUCUAUUACCAAUGGGUACCAAUGUAAAAUGUCUUUCAGAUGCUGGUUUCUUUCUCAACACAAGAGAUGUUUCAGGAGCUCAAUACAUUAAAUCAUACUUCAACGAUGUGGUUACACUACAUGGAUCAGCAAAGAAUUUACCGAGGUCAUGCACAUCAAGAUUGACCCCUGCAAUGUGUUUCUUUCCACAAUACGUGGCUCGCCAGAUUAGAACUCCUGUUUUCGUUCUUAAUGCUGCCUACGACUCUUGGCAGAUUAAGAACAUUUUGGCUCCUCGUGCUGCUGAUCCUGAAGGAAAGUGGCAGAGUUGUCAGCUUGACAUCAAGAAUUGCCAACGAAGCCAGCUCAAAGUUAUGCAAGAUUUCAGGUUAGAGUUCUUGAGCGCAGUGAUAGGUUUAGGAAGAUCUGCAUCAAGAGGGAUGUUUAUAGACUCAUGCUACACUCACUGCCAAACCGAGACACAAACUUCUUGGUUCUGGCAAGAUUCUCCAAUUCUAAACCGAACGACAAUAGCAAAAGCUGUUGGAGAUUGGGUUUAUGAUAGAAACUUGUUUCAGAAGAUAGAUUGUCCUUACCCUUGUAACCCUACUUGCCACCACAGGGUUUUCACUCCUCAAGAUGCUCCUCCGAUUUAAGAGAUUCUGCUAUAGAUUUGUUAUUUUUUUUCAAAGAAACAUCUUAUAAAUUAUUCAUUUAUCACACAUAUAGUAAGAUAUUCUUACGGUUUAGCUAUAGAAGAGAGAGAAAAAAAAAGAAUGUGAGUGAUUCUUGAAGGUUGAGGAUAAGCUUUAUUCAGCACAAAUGUUCAAAAAAGAAAAAAGCUAUGUUCAGCACCUGUUUUGUGUGCUGGUUGAGUUUCUCUGUUUCUCUUCCAUUCUUAUGUAAAAUGGGAAAUUGUUACUUUUUAUUUUAAUAAAAUAAAGUAUAGCUCUUUUCUUAACU